CACACCCUCAUCUGAAAGGAGGCAAUACAGCAACCACCUUGUUUGAUUCUUAAAAAAAUGAAAAUGGAAUAACUUAUUAUGAGUCUGCAUAACUGGUACGACGACAAGCACAUUCUAGCAUCAAAACGCACAGCCGUUUAACAACUGCGGCCUUGGCUACUUUCUCACCGGAAAGUGGCAACAACUCUUCUAUCACCAUUCCAAAGCCUCAACAUGCUUUCAGGUUCAACUGCUGUGAGUCACUUGCAAUUUAGAGCUACAAAUUCCCACAAAAGACCAACUCUAGGUUUGAGAGGAGAGACGUUUCAAUUUUCUAGCGUAAGGUUCUGUCUAAAGUAUAAAGUUUCCUGCAAACUUACUGAGUUGGGAAGUGAUUCAUGCUUGUCAAAGGAACUUGAAAAGAGUAAACCUUUGGUUAAGAUGUGCGGCAUUACAUCAGCUAAAGACGCUGCUAUGGCGGCCGAAGCUGGUGCAAACUUUAUUGGAAUGAUUAUGUGGCCAAACUCAAAACGUUCUGUUUCACUUUCUGUUGCAAAGGAGAUAUCAAAAGUUUCAAGAGAUUAUGGAGCGGAACCUGUGGGAGUAUUUGUGGAUGAUGACACAGAAACGAUAUUAAGAGCUUCUGAUGCCUCAAACCUUGAAUAUGUGCAGCUUCAUGGAUCUGGUUCUCGGAUAGCUUUCCCGUCUUUAAUUCAGGAAAAUAGGGUAAUAUAUGUUCUCCAUGCAAAUGAGGAUGGGAGCCUUUUAAACACAAUUUCUGAUGAAGAGUGCUCUCAAGUUGAUUGGGUUCUUGUAGAUAGUGCAAAGGGUGGCAGUGGCAAAGCGUUCAAUUGGGCGCAGUUUAAACUACCAAAAAUUAGAAGUAAGCAAGGUUGGCUCUUAGCAGGAGGGAUCAAUCCAGAGAAUGUUUCUGAGGCUAUAUCUACUCUCAAACCUGAAGGGGUGGAUGUCAGUAGUGGCAUUUGUGCAUCAGAUGGAAUCCAAAAGGAUCCAGCAAGAAUAGCUUCCUUCAUCAAUGCAGUGCGUUCUGUUCAGUAUUGAUUCACCUGAUAUUAUUAUGAACCUCAAGUAAGGACAUGUUGUAAUUUUGAAAUAUCUAUAUGAUGUCUUGUUACAAUAUUAUUAUCUAAACCAAUAAUGUCUCCCAAGUUUUCCUUCAUGGAAGCUGUUUUCUUGGGUUUAGAAAUAAGUUAUGCUGGGUGAGAGUACAUGGAUACACAAGUUAGUUAUUACAAAUUUGAACUUAGAAUAAAAGAUGUUGCUUUUCCUUUACCA